AUGGCAUAUCGGGUAAAGGGCACAGCCUUCAUUACUGGAGGCGCUUCAGGCAUUGGAAAGGCCGCUGCACUGACCUUGGCACAGAACGGUAUAAACGCAUUGGCCUUACUUGAUUUGAAUCUUUCUGUUCUCGAAAGUACUCGAGAAGAAAUAUUAAGCCAUUAUGCUCAUGUUGAGGUGGAAAUCCUUCAAGUGAACGUUGCGGAUGAAUUGUCCGUCGACGCUGCCGUGGACAAGGUCGCAACUAAGUUCGGCGGGAUCGACAUUGGCAUCAACUCCGCUGGUAUCAGUGGUACUCCUACCCCAACCCAUUUGAUGUCUUUGUCAGAAUGGCAGAAGGUUGUUGAUGUCAAUCAAACGGGUGUGUGGCUUUGCCAAAGAGCACUUAUCCGCCAAAUGCUUAAACAAGAAGUCCAUGGCAUGAGAGAAGGUCGUGGAGUCAUCGUGAAUGUGUCCUCCAUGUUUGGAGUCGGCGGUCCUCCAGGCCCUUUUAGUAUCCCGCAUUAUACAGCGGCGAAGCAUGCUGUCGUCGGCGUAACGAAAAUGGAUGCGAAGGCUUACGCCCGUGAAGGAAUUCGGAUCAAUGCAAUCUGUCCUGGCUUUGUUGACACCCCAAUCAUUGGCGAACAGAUUAAGUCUGGGUCAAUGAACUCGCAAUUUGAGAUGACUCCCAUCGGACGCCCAGCUCACGUUGACGAGAUUUCCGACGCUCUACUUUUUCUCUCCUCUUCUAUGAGCAGCUAUAUGUGCGGGGCUGCGCUUGUGGUUGAUGGAGGGUAUACUGUCUAG